AGAUAACAUUAAUAAAACCAAAGGCAUUAUCAUGGGGAUUUGUUGAGAGAAUGAAGAAGUUAAUAUGAUUACUUGAGGAACACUGCAUCAUGUGAUGUGUAGGAAUAAUUGGGUGAAGGGGAGCACCAAAGGCAUUUGUGUCAGAAUAGGCGUGCAUCAACGUUUCGAAGUGCGGACACAAAGAUGGAGACUUGUGGGGGCUUCAUGGUUCCUAUGGCAGUUUCUCGCUUUUAGAGCUGUGCAAAAGUGAAAAUUUUUACUGGGUUUUUGCAAAACCCGGAGAGGGAAGAGAGUUGUUGCCUUGUUGGACGAGUUUAUACUUUUUUGGUGGGUGAAUUGAGGGUAUAUAGGUGAGAUAAAAGGAGGGUUUGGGCUGGUGGCGAUGGUUGUGGGGCGGUGGUGCUGAUUCUAAGGAGAUUAGGGUGGGGGAGAGAGAGAGUGUGGAACAUUCUGAGAUUUGGCUUUUUGUGGGAAGUGUAGGGAGUGAUGGCUGGCAAAAGAUGAGUGGGGGCUUCUUUUUUCGUUUGGUGUUUUCUGGUCGUUCUCAAUAUAUUGCUCAUGCACUGUGCAGUAAUAUCCUGUUGGUGUGUGCCAACUGCUAAUGGAUUGUUUCUGUCUGGUUCUUCCUGCUUGGUAGUGGUAAUAUAGACUCCCAAGGAGCUGCUCUGGAUGUUUUUAGGGUGUUUCUGCUAGUGCUGACUCCUUCAAGUUUUCCUAGCUUCGGCAGAGGAGAAAAAGAUAAAAGUCUUGAAGAAGAAUUGUGAAGACAGAUGCAGAAUGGGUUUUGGGGUUUGAGACUUUGUGGACCAGAAAAAGUCUUGGUGAUGUGUGUGUGAGAGAGAUUCAUUGAAAAAAGGGAAACAAAGAAAGAGAAUGAUAAACAAUUAAGGGAAGGGCGGUGGUGUCAGUUUUGAGCAAGUGGGGGUGUAUCUGGUGUUGAGAAUUAUAUAUGUUUGAGAGUGUGUGUUGGCUUGGUUGUGUCUCCUUAGAUGAACCUCUUUGUCCGGAGUCUUUGCUCUCUGUUGCCAUCUGAGGAAGCAACCCAUUAAUUUCUUCGAUAUAUUGACAUAGAGGAGUUAAAUUGGAGAACAUUUUCAAACUGUUGAUUGGGGAUUUCAUACUACUUGGAGCUGGUUGAAUACUGCUGGAUUUUACAGGAUUUCCAAGCUGAACGUUUAAAGAAAAGAACGAUCUUUGUUUGGCAAAAUGAAGUUUAUGAAACUUGGAUCCAAGCCUGAUGCAUUUCAGACUGAAGGGGACAGUAACAGGUAUGUUGCAAAUGAUUUGGCAACUGACAUUGUCAUCACUAUUGGGGAUGUGAAAUUCUAUCUGCAUAAGUUUCCGCUAUUAUCCAAAAGUGCACGCUUGCAGAAGCUGAUGGCUACCUCAAAUGAAGAAAACAGCAAUGAAAUCCACAUCCAGGAUAUUCCUGGUGGACCUGCAGCUUUUGAAAUAUGUGCAAAGUUCUGCUAUGGUAUGACCGUAACUCUCAAUGCGUACAAUGUUGCUGCAGCACGAUGUGCAGCUGAAUACCUUGAGAUGUAUGAAAAUGUUGAGAAAGGAAACCUUAUUUACAAGAUUGAUGUUUUCCUCAAUUCAAGCAUCUUCAUGAGCUGGAAAGAUUCAAUUAUUGUUCUUCAAACAGCAAAAUCUCUUCUUCCUUGGUCUGAGGAACUAAAGGUUGUCAGCCACUGCCUCGACUCCAUAGCGUCUAAAGCUUCCAUGGAUCCUGCCAAAGUAGAGUGGUCAUAUACCUACAACAGGAAAAAGCUACCAACAGAGAAUGGCAAUAGUCCACAGUGGAAUGGUCUGAAGAAAACCCAUGCAGUUCCAAAGGACUGGUGGGUAGAAGACCUCUGUGAACUUCAUAUUGAUUUAUACAAGCGGGUAAUAGUAAAUAUCAGAACAAAAGGCAGAGUUUCCAAUGACAUAAUUGGAGAAGCCUUGAAUGCAUAUGCCCUGAGAAGAUUGCCAGGUUUUAGGAAGGGUAUGAUUCAAAGCAGUGAUUUCAUGAAAUAUAGAUCAUUGGUGGAGACCAUCAUGUGGCUGCUGCCUACUGAUAAAGGAAGUGUUUCCUGUAGCUUCUUGCUCAGGUUGUUAAGAGCAGCAACUCUCUUGGAUUGUGGAGAAAAGGACAGAAAUGAGUUGAUGAAGAGAGCUGGUCAGCAGCUUGAGGACGCUACCGUAUCUGAUCUUUUGAUUCGAGCUUCAGCUGAAGAAACAACCAUGUUUGAUGUUGAUGUAGUGCAGAGCCUGGUUGAAGAGUUUGUGAUCAAUGAGCGGAAUGCACAGAACAAUCUUUAUUUAGAAGAUGAAUACCAAGAGAUUAGAAGCCCCAAGUUUGCAUCAGGUGCUUCUAAAGCAAAGGUAGCAAAGCUGGUGGAUGGCUAUCUUGCUGAAAUUGCAAGGGAUCCAAAUUUACCUCUGUCAAAGUUUGUGAAUCUCGCAGACAUGGUAUCAACCUUUGCAAGAACUUCGCAUGAUGGACUUUACCGAGCCAUAGACAUGUAUCUGAAGGAACACCCUGGCAUCAGCAAGAGCAACAGGAAGAGAAUAUGCAGGUUGAUGGACUGCAGGAAGUUGUCAGCAGAUGCCUGCAUGCAUGCCGUGCAAAACGAGAGGCUCCCACUGCGGGUUGUGCUGCAGGUCCUCUUCUUUGAGCAAGUCAAGGCCUCAGCAAAUGCUGGCAAUAGCACACCUGAUUUACCAGAGUCCAUUAGAGCUCUUCUCCCGGGAGGUUCUCAUGGCAGUUCAAGGUCCACCACCACUAACACAGAAGAUGACUGGGACACUGCACCAACAGCUGAGGAUAUCAAGGCCUUGAAAGGACAGCUCACUUCUCUAAGGCUAGGGAGCAACUCUGGUGACAGAAAUGGACAUGAUAUUGCUAGAAAGGAUGCUGAAAAAGUGGCUGCUGGGAGAAUGAAAGGUUUGGUCAUGUCCAAGAUAUUCUCAAAACUCUGGUCAGGUAAAGAAAGAAACAGUGAUAUUAGUAGCUCUGAUACAUCAGAGAGCCCGGGAUCAGCUAAUGCAGAGGAAACAAAGUCUACUCCUUCCAGAAGCAGGAGGCACUCGGUAUCUUAGUUAAAAAUGUGCUUAAGCAUGCCAUUUUUGGCUUUGUAAAAUUGUCUCACUCAAUUGAUACUAGGAGAUUAUAACCUUCUGACUUUUUGGUUGUAUCUAUGAGAUGUUCACUGUGACAUUUUCUAUUCCUAAAGAGAUCGGAGGGUCUAAGUUGUUCAUUGUUCUAUUAGAAAUGAGCUCUUCUGAUAACCUAAGUGUGUU